AUGCUGGCUGUUGCCUAUACCACUACGCGCGCGGCCACCCAAAGCCUUGGGCUUGGUGGUUCAAGUGGUGGCAUUCGUCUUCCCGAAGAUGAUGAGCACGACCUUGUUACCCAGCAACCCUCAGCCAGGAGAGAAAUGCGGGCAGAGGCCCUUCGUCGCGCUGUAGAAGAAGGGAGUCUACCGGCGGAUGCCCUCCUGUCAGAUGACGACGACAGCGAGGAUGGCUCACCUAGCGGCCAGGAUGAUGAGCGCUCGACAACUCAAUACGACUAUUGCGUAUUCCACAUAAUUUUCUUCCUCGCCACAGCCUGGGUUGCUACUCUACUAACGAUGAAUUAUGAUGAUGCGACCAAGGAUGGAGACUUUGCAACUGUUGGCCGGACAUACUGGGCCAGCUGGGUCAAGAUUAUAUGUGCUUGGGUUUGCUACGCAAUGUAUAUUUGGACACUAGUGGCACCUACAGUCCUACCUGAUCGGUUUGAUCUUUCUUAG